UGUCAAUUAAAUAGUCUUUUAUUCGCUGUAUAGAGAAGGUCCGGAUGAAGACUCGACUAAGGAAAAUACAUAAAAUAUUUUGUUACCAUAGUCUUGCGGGAAUUGAUGAUAGCAACAUUGGAACAUCUUGGCGCAUGCGCAUUAGAUUAGUCAGUACCAUACCAAAAUCGAAUAGCGAUUAUGCCUUUCUAAAGAUGGACUCAAUAAUGGGAUUACAAGUUAAUGACUAAGAAAAUUAUGUCUUACGUUCUAUUUGGGCCAAAAAUGAUAUUAACACAUUGAAAUAAAUCGCCAUACGAUGUCACUGUGGUGGAAAAGGUAAUGAAACGUGAAACCCAGGAUUAACCAGGAGGACUUCUAGAAGCUGCCAUUAUGCUUGAAAAGACGCUGUUCUUCCCCGUAAUAUUCUCAGCGUUGUUUAUCCAACAGAUAACGGCUCAACCGGAAUAUCCGAUAGGUGCUAUAUUCGACACAACAGAGGAUGCCCAAAGAGCUGAACAGUUUUUCAACUUCUCCGUUGAAUAUUACAAAAAGCAAGAGGGAAUCAGAACAACAUUUGUCCAAAGAAUAGAAAGAAUAUAUCGCCAGGAAAGCUUUGAAAUUAGCAAAAAACUAUGCAUCCUAUUGCGCAAUGGAAUGUUCGCCCUGUUUGGAAUCACAAAUUCGAGGCAUAUAAUAGACUCAUACAGUGAAACAUUCCACAUGCCUUAUAUUUCACCAAGUCUUCCGCGGCUGAAUUCGAACAGCCGAUAUCUGCUGCACAUGCGCCCUCUAUAUUCUCAAGCCAUGAUUGACGUAAUACAUCACUACGGCUGGACGUCACUAAGUUUGAUAUAUGACAGCGACGAAGCGCUUUCCAGACUAGAUAUGUUGUAUCAGGCAAGUGAUGAGAAAAAUAUUGAAUUGAGUGUUGAUUUGAAGAGAAUAAGUGAUCCAAAUGAUGCAUACGAGACUCUAAGGCAUGUAGAUAGUUUAGCACAUGCAUCAACGAGGUAUAUCGUCCUAGAUCUGACUUCCGAGGAGGCUGUAUCAAGCGUCCUUCAGCAAAUAAGGGAUCUUGGAAUGAAUAGAGGAAAUUAUCAUUACCUGAUAGCAGGACUGACCAUAGACCAAGAUGAACUUCGGGGUUUUAGACACGGAGGGGUUAACAUUACAGCGUUUAGACUAAUAGAUCUAAAGAAUAGAGAAAUUGCGAAAUUUUAUGAUAAGUUUCAAAAAGCAAUAGGCUCAAAGUCCAAAAAAUCAAAACAAAUAAAGAAAGGGAAAGUUCUAAAGAUGCAAAGUGCAUUGAUGGUCGAUUCAAUGAAUGCUUUCGUAUAUGCAAUGGGGACUCUUGAUACGGGAAAGUUUAGGGGGACCAUACGGCGCCGCAAAUUCUACAAUAAUGGCUCAGAGGGCAUAAGUUGUGCUGGCAGUUUGGCCAGCAGUACAGUAUCACCAUGGGAACAUGGUGAAUACAUUAUGGAAGCAUUAAAAAAGGUUAAGUUGCAAGGUCUGUCAGGGCAUGUUGAGUUUGACAAGAAUGGAUUUAGGAAGAAUUACACAUUAGAUGUUAUUGGAGUGAGUUUAAAAACUGGCCCUGAGGUGAUUGGCUCCUGGAAUGACCAGACAGGCCUAUCGCUUGCACCAGUCACGGCAGUGAAUGACGAUAUCAUCAGUAAUUUGGCGAAUAAAACACUCCGGGUCACCACCAUCUUGACUCCCCCUUAUGCUUCCCUAAGAGAGCAAGACGCAACGGAGGAUCAGUACGUUGGAAAUGAUAGAUACGAAGGAUAUUGUAUCGAACUUGCUGCAGAACUUGCAGCUCAUGUAGGUUUUAAGUAUGAGAUCAUACCAGUCGCUGACGAAAAAUACGGGGCUGUGGAAAACGGGACAUGGAAUGGCAUGGUUGGGGAGCUUAUCGACAAAGUUGCUGAUAUGGCGAUCGCUCCACUAACAAUAUCAUCACAGAGGGAGAGAGUGAUAGACUUCUCCAAACCCUUCAUGAGCUUAGGGAUAAGCAUUAUGAUAAAGAAGCCAGAAAAACAAAAGCCAGGAGUGUUCUCAUUCAUGGACCCCUUGUCCACCGAGAUUUGGAUGUGCAUCGUUUUUUCGUUCAUCGGCGUGAGCGUAGUCAUGUUCCUAGUCAGUCGUUUCAGCCCAUACGAAUGGCACUUGGAGGAGAGAGUUACGGGGAUGACAGUCUCAAAUGACUUCACAAUGUUCAAUAGUUUGUGGUUCUCGCUGGGGGCCCUUAUGCAACAAGGCAGUGAUAUAUCCCCAAGGUCGAUAUCAGGACGCAUCGCUGGGUCAGUUUGGUGGUUUUUCACUCUUAUUACCAUAUCGUCUUAUACUGCUAACCUAGCUGCUUUCUUAACCGUUGAACGAAUGGUAUCUCCCAUAGAAUCAGCUGAUGAUCUCGCGAGACAAUCCGAGAUUGCAUAUGGAACAGUUGACUCUGGAUCAACUAAAGAAUUUUUCAAAAAUUCAAAAUUAGACAUUUACAAGAAAAUGUGGACAGUCAUGAACACCUCAAGCGACGUAUUCGUCCCAAACACUCAGGCUGGAGUUGACAAAGUCAGAAAAUCAAAGGGAAAAUAUGCGUUUCUAUUGGAGUCCUCAAUGAACGACUACCACAACCAAAGGAAACCCUGCAAUACGAUGAUUGUCGGUGGCAAUCUAGACGAUAAAGGAUAUGGCAUUGCAACGCCAUUAAACUCUAAUCUGAGAGAAAAAAUCAGUUUAGCGGUGCUGCAGCUUCGAGAAAAAGGAGUAUUAGCCAAAUUGCAGAAGAAAUGGUGGUUUGACAAAGGAGAGUGUGGCCAUUCCGACGUGAAGGGCUCAACCCAAAAUGCAUUGACGCUAAGCAAUGUUGCUGGGAUAUUCUACAUACUAAUAGGGGGCUUGGGUCUUUCGAUGGUCGUCUCACUACUCGAGUUCUUCUAUAAAUCAAAAACAGAGGCUCGGAAACGAAAGACAUCGUUGUCAAGUGCUAUGAAAACCAAAGCGAGGCUCUCCAUCCGGGGAUCAUCAGAAACAGAAAAUGGCGGGUAUAUGUAUUCACCACCUCAAUAUAAAGAGACAUUGGGCUAUAACACACACACCGAGGUGUAACAGAAACAUUGGGCUAUAACACACAC